AAUAUAUAAAAAUAACCAAAAACCACAAGUGUAAAGCAAAGAAAGAGUUCCAGAAUAAGAAUCUUGAUUCAAUACCACAAAGAAAGAAAAAAAAAAGGUAACACAAGAAAUUUUCUCCUUUCCUACACUUCUUUUAUUGUUCUUUUGUCAUUUCUUGAAAAUCGCGAAGAGGAUUUUUCGAUCGGAGGAAAGGGGGAGGAGAGCUGCUAUCAGUAUUGGAAACAUUCUUUUUGCUAUGGCGGAAGAAUUUCAACUAGGGGGAGGGAAUUGGUGGGAAAAUAAUACGUCCACAUCAUCAAGAAAUAGGUUCGAUAGUAGUGGUUCAUCCAUUACACCUACAACUUCCACAUCGGCCACUACUACUAACUAUAGUAGUAAUUGGCCAAUAGAAACUGAUCAUGUGGACAUCAAACCUAGGACUUUCUUGGAUUCUGUGUCGGUGUCUCAAUCUUCUGGUCAUGAUGAUAGAGGUGGAGGAGAAGGAGGAGUUGGCGGCGUUUUAUCUUCUCAAGAUUCAAAUUUCCAAAUUAUGGGUUUAGGCCUUACUUCUCAACCACAUGAUUGGAACCACCAAUCUUUAUUGAAUUAUGAGGACUCUUCAUCACAAAUGAAUAUUAGGGGUUUUUCAUUACCUCAAAAUAAUUCAAUAUUUAGUCAUUCAUUAGUUGAUAAUCAUCAAGUGUUGCAUUCGUCUACGACGAAUUCUUGGUCUAAAUUUCCUCAAUUUCUCCGAACACCGCCUUCGUCGGAACAACCUCCACUUCCGCCACCAGCACCGCCGUUGCCGCCACCUCACAGCCAGCUACAUUUCUCAAAUAAUACUCCAUUUUGGAAUGCAAGUGCAGCUUCCAUGACUGAUGUUCCAUCAAGUUUAUUUCCUUCUAAUUUGCAUAAUAUUCCACAACUUCCCAAUAACACAACAAUUGAUGAGAAAGCAAAGAAUAUGGGAGAGGUUAGAGAUAUAAAUAAAAUUAUAUCAAAGAAAACCACCAGUACUGAAACAUCAAAUAAAAGACCAAGGAAUGAAACUCCAACUCCUUCCCCGGCUUUUAAGGUGAGAAAAGAGAAAAUGGGAGACAGAAUCACUGCACUUCAACAAUUAGUCUCACCUUUUGGAAAGACAGAUACAGCUUCUGUAUUAUCAGAAGCAAUUGAGUAUAUAAAGUUCCUUCAUGAUCAAAUUGGUGCAUUAAGCGCCCCUUAUAUGGAAAGUGGAGCAUCCAUGCAACAUCUUCAGAGUGAUAUUAAAUCUGAAGAUGUUGGAGAAGGAAGAAAUAAAGAUUUGAGAAGUCGAGGAUUAUGUUUGGUACCAAUUUCAAGUACUUUUCCAGUAACUCAUGAGACCAAUGUUGAUUUAUGGACACCUACUUUUGGAUCAACUUUUAGAUAAUUUAAUUCCGUCGCAAAUAGUUGCGACGAAUGAAUAUUUCCGUUGGAAAAUUCAACGGAAAUGUUCGUGGAGGGAAAUGAAUUGACUUACUAGAUGGAUUCAGAAUAUGAAAU